AUGUUUGGGAUUCAAGAUACUUUAGGAAGAGGACCAGCUCUGAAAGAGAAAUCACUGGGUGCCGAGAUGGAUUCGGUCAGGUCCUGGGUCCGGAAUGUCGGCGUGGUGGACGCCAAUGUCGCGGCGCAGAGCGGAGUGGCCCUGUCCCGGGCCCACUUUGAGAAGCAGCCUCCUUCCAACUUGAGGAAAUCCAACUUCUUUCACUUCGUUCUGGCGCUCUAUGACAGGCAGGGGCAGCCAGUGGAGAUUGAGCGCACAGCCUUCGUUGAUUUUGUGGAGAACGACAAAGAACAAGGCAACGAGAAGACCAACAACGGCACCCACUAUAAGUUACAGCUCCUCUACAGCAAUGGCGUCCGCACCGAGCAGGACCUGUACGUCAGGCUCAUCGACUCGGUCACCAAGCAGCCCAUAGCUUACGAGGGACAAAAUAAGAACCCGGAAAUGUGCCGAGUUCUCUUGACGCACGAAGUGAUGUGCAGUCGAUGUUGCGAGAAGAAAAGUUGUGGGAACCGAAAUGAGACUCCUUCAGACCCCGUCAUCAUCGACAGAUUUUUUCUAAAAUUUUUCCUCAAGUGCAAUCAGAAUUGUUUGAAAACAGCGGGAAACCCGAGGGACAUGAGAAGGUUUCAGGUUGUGUUGUCAACAACGGUGAAUGUGGAUGGACACGUGCUGGCUGUUUCUGACAACAUGUUUGUUCAUAACAACUCUAAGCAUGGCCGGAGAGCAAGAAGGCUGGACCCAUCAGAAGGUAGGGACAGCCCUGACAUUUUCUUUUCUAUCUUCUUAGCUACCCCCUGCAUCAAAGCCAUUAGCCCAAGUGAAGGCUGGACCACGGGAGGAGCCAUGGUCAUCAUCAUUGGAGACAACUUCUUUGAUGGCCUCCAAGUGGUGUUUGGGACCAUGCUUGUAUGGAGUGAGCUAAUAACUCCUCAUGCCAUCAGAGUGCAGACUCCUCCUCGGCACAUCCCUGGAGUAGUGGAAGUGACAUUAUCUUAUAAGUCCAAACAGUUCUGCAAAGGAGCUCCAGGGAGGUUCAUUUACACAGCAUUAAAUGAACCCACCAUAGACUAUGGCUUUCAGAGACUGCAGAAGGUCAUCCCAAGGCAUCCUGGAGACCCAGAGAGAUUAGCUAAGGAGAUGCUAUUGAAAAGAGCUGCAGAUCUAGUGGAGGCCCUCUAUGGCACACCACACAAUAACCAGGACAUCAUUCUGAAGCGAGCCGCAGACAUUGCGGAAGCCCUGUACAGUGUCCCCAGGAAUCCCAGCCAGAUCCCAGCUCUCUCCAGCUCCCCAGCUCACAGUGGCAUGAUGGGCAUCAACUCGUAUGGCAGCCAGCUUGGGGUCAGCAUCUCGGAGUCAACACAGGGAAAUAAUCAAGGCUACAUCCGCAACACAAGCAGCAUCUCUCCACGAGGCUACUCUUCCAGCUCCACCCCUCAGCAGUCUAACUACAGCACCUCCAGUAACAGCAUGAAUGGCUACAGCAACGUCCCCAUGGCCAACCUGGGUGUCCCAGGGUCACCAGGAUUUCUAAACGGCUCCCCCACAGGCUCCCCUUAUGGAAUCAUGUCAUCAAGUCCCACUGUUGGAUCUUCUAGCACUUCCUCCAUCCUCCCAUUUUCCUCUUCAGUUUUUCCUGCUGUCAAACAGAAGAGUGCCUUUGCCCCUGUCAUCAGGCCACAAGGCUCCCCUUCACCUGCCUGCUCCAGUGGCAAUGGAAAUGGAUUCAGAGCCAUGACCGGACUUGUCGUGCCCCCAAUGUAAAGAAGAGGAAGAACUGCUUUCUUAUAGCACAAAACUACUUAUUCUGAUGGACCAAUAAUGAAGAAAGCACUAGGAGCUCUUUGGGGAGAAUUGUGCCCCAGAAUGAACAUGACGGACAGAUUUGGGUAUGCAAGGAGCUGCAUUUUACCUGGUCUCAUGUUUCUCAUCUAGCUCUCACGGUGGCUACACAAACUGACCCUCUUGGGGACAAGGACAAAAGAUGUCAUUGACGUAGUCAGUGCUAAGAGCAGAAAUGCAAUUCUUUGUUAUGAACAUUAUGAGAACCACCUUCCUAUGUUUGUAAAAUAUUUAAGAAAAAA